AUGUCUAUUGAAAUUACUGCUCACUCUCAACAAGCUUCUUCUCCAAUAAUAGACACUCCUAUUGUCAAGCUAGAAGAUACUCCAGCUACCAUCCAUUCUACUCCUUUAGAAGAUACUCCUGUUAUUAAUCCUUUUUCUAAAUUAGAAUAUACUACUAUUACUUCCGCUCAACUAUUACCUGCUCCUCAACUUGAAGAAACUCAAACUCUUAACACCUCUCAAAUAUACAAAGCAACUUAUUCUAAUGUUCCAGUAUGGGAAUUUCGAGUAAAAAAUGUAGCUGUAAUGCGUCGCAAAACAGAUGAUUGGCUUAAUGCAACUCAAAUUUUAAAAGUUGCUGAUUUUGAUAAGCCUCAUAGAACUAGGAUUUUAGAACGCGAUGUACAGAGGGGUGAACACGAAAAAGUUCAAGGAGGAUAUGGGAAAUAUCAAGGAACAUGGGUGCCUUAUGAUAAAGGAGUAGAUCUAGCAGAACGUUAUAGGGUUAAAGAAUUAUUACAACCACUAAUAGAGUUCAGACCUUCAUUGUCAAGUCCCCCUCUUGCACCAAAACAUGUCACUGCCGCAUCAAAUAGACCAAGAAAACCGCGUGAACCUAAAGAACCUAAAGAACCAAAAGAACCAAAACCUAUUAAACCUCGAGUUUCAAAAAAAGGGAAGGCUAAAGCAAAUGUAAAAGAACAACCCGAAGAAAUAAUAUCAAUGGAUAUAGAAAUGGAAGAUAACGAUGUUACCAGCAUACCCAGUUUACCUUCAACCUCCACCAUAUCACCUUCACCAGCAAUAUCGCCAAUAUUUCCUUCUUCAACUUCACCAAGUAAUCCUAUGCCAGAUUUAUCUUUUAAUGAUGCAACAGAAUCAGAUGAAUAUACUAAAAUUUCCAAAAUAUCUAAAACACCAGAACCUAUUUUGUCAAUGCCAGCCACAAAUCGUUAUACUGAAUUAUUGUUAAAAUAUUUUGAUUCAAAUUCCAAGUCAAUUCCAGACUUUAUUGUAAAUCCGCCACCUGAUUUUGAUCCUAAUAUGACAAUCGAUCAACACGGCCAUUCUUCUCUUCAUUGGGCUGCUGCAACUGCUAAUGUUGAGUUGGUAACCUUGUUGAUUAAAGCAGGCGCUGAUGUUCACAAUGGUAACGUUCUUGGGGAGACUCCGCUUAUGGGAAGUGUCAUGUCUACAUUUAAUUAUGAAAAAAAAACUUUCCAUGAGAUUGUACAACUUUUGAUUAAAACUAUAGGCAAUACUGAUACUCGUGAACAAACUGUAUUACACCACGUUGCAAUUUUUUCUAAUUUGAAGAAUAAGAAGGAGCCAGCUAGAUAUUAUAUGGAGGUUCUUCUUUCCGACUUGAAUCAAUUUCCAUCUUCAAAUGAAGAAUAUCGAAAAAAUAUCAUAAAUAAACAAAAUAUAGAUGGAGAUACUGCAAUUAUUAUGUUAGCUAAAUCAAAAAAUGAAGAUCUUGUGAAAUUAUUAUUUAAUGCAGGUGGUGACCCUUAUAUUUCUAAUAAAGAAAAUAAAAAUGUUAAAACUAACAAUAAUUUUGUUAACACUCCAACAUCACUUGGUUCUACCCUACACUUACCAGAACCUACUACAGUUAUGAAUCGUCUUCCUCCGCCUUUGAUAAACAACUUCCUUCCUGUAACUGAUGUUUUGAUUGCUGAAGAAAUGAAAAAAAUCUCACUAUCUAAUGAGUCAAACACUUCCUUAAUUUCUGAAAGAAAGAAUGAAGAAGAACUUCAUCAAGCUUUAGAAAACAUUAUUAAUGAGAGAGAUCAAUUAAUUAACAAACUGGUAGAAAUGAAAACAUCGCCUAAAGCGUCUACACUACCUUAUAAAUGGGUUUUUAAUAGUAUCUUAAAGGAAAAUGUUUUUGUAGACAAAAACAAUUCUAAUUGA